GGCUGUGGCGGGGAAAUGGAAACCGAAAUCUCUCUGACGCCCGGCUCUGGAGAAACGAAACUUUUGGGCUCAGAGGCAGAAGGUGGGGCAGAAGCAGCAGAAGCAGAAGCAGAAGCAGAAGCAGAAGCAGAAGCAGAAGCAGAAGCAGAAGCGGAAGCGGGUCCUUGAGUCUGCCCUUGUCUGUCUCUCUCUUGGCUUGGCCCCCGUUAUCCGCUUCUCCGAAGGAAGGAAGGAAGGAAGGAAGGAAGGAAGGAAGGAAGGAAGGAAGGAAAGCUCGCCAUGGAGCCCCGCAGGGGCGGCAGGGAGAGAGGCCGGUGGGGCCGCGACGGAGGCAGAGGUGGCUCGGCUCCAGCUCGGUUUACGGGGGGCUUCCAGACCAGAGGGGGUCCUGGGGCCCAAAGGGGACGCCCCCCGCUCCGUGGACCGAGAGGGGCAAGGAGGGGUGGCGGCUCAGACCGGAACAGCCCCCAGCGCCCCACGCAGCCGAUCGGGGCCUUCUUCCUGGAGGAGCUGCUGGAGAAGGAGCCGUCGGAGGUGGCCAUCACGCUGGCGUCCAGCAGGGGCGUGGAGGAGGCGCUCUCCCAGGCCGUGCUCCGGCCACACUUCCUGGAGCUGCUCCUGCAGGCCCUCCGCAAGGCUUGUUCCUCGCGCACUGACCGGCAGAGCAUCCAGCGGCUGCUGGGACUGGUCAAGGAGUCGGCCUUCCUUCGCCAGUGCCUCCCCCAGUACGUGGCGGGGAUGCUGACCGAGGCCAUCCCGACCGUGCGACACCGGUACCCACAACAUGUGGGCGACAUCUUGGCUCUGGUGCAAGAGCUGGCCAGUGUCUUCCCGGCCAGUGCCAUCCAGUCAGUGGCCAUGUUGAUGUCCCUCCUGCCGUCCGCCAUCAAUGCCCUCCAGGCCUCUGGGGUGGACUUCCCAGAGGAGACCGAGAAGCAGCUGGAGCGGGUCCAGGCCUACGUCCAGCACCUGCAGGAGCGGCGCCGGGAGGGCACUCUGAAGGUGGACAGCCCAGUGCGGAUGGGGGCCACAGGCGAGGCGGAGGGCGAAGUGGACGACUACCGGGCGCUGUCCAUUUUUCCCACCUACGAGGAGCUGCGCCAGGUGGAGCGGCCUUUCCUGCGGCCCAACACCCUCCGCCAGCCCUACGAGGGGGCCGCGCUCUACUUGGAGACCCACUUCCGGCUGCUGCGGGAGGACUUCAUCCGGCCCAUGAGGGAAGGCAUCGCCCAGAUCCUCCGUGACGCCGAGGAGAGUGGCUUGAGGAAGAAGAAGUUCGAUGACAUCCGGGUCUACUUCAAUGUCCGGGUCGUGGCUCCGCAGUGCGCGUCCUCCGGCAUCGAAUACCGAGCGCAGUUCGACACCCGACCGCUGCGCUCCGUCCGGUGGGAGAACUCCAAGCGGCUGAUUUUCGGCUCCCUGGUCUGCCUCUCCAAGGACGGCUUCGAGAGCUUCCUCUUUGCCACCGUGGCACACCGGGACCCCAAGGAGCUCGGGAAGGGCUCGGUGUGGCUCUCCUUCUGCGAAAGCAGCCGGCCACUCCUGGCCCAGACGCAGCCCUCGGACUCCUUCCUCAUGGUGGAGACCGCAGCCUACUUCGAGGCCUACCGCCACGUCCUGCAAGGGUUGCAGGAGGCGCGGCCGGAGGAGCUCCCCUUCCAGAGGUACCUGGUCCGGUGUGAGACCGACGUCAGCGCCCCCGCCUACCUUGAGGGCCCCAGGCGCCUCUACGACUUUGCCUGCCUGGUGCAGAAGACACCCACAGAGGAGCCACCUAUGGAGGAGCUGUCCAAGGAGGAGGAGGAGGAAGACAUUUACGAUGACCCUGAUCCAUUGGGUCUCCGGCAUCGACGUCGGGACACCGUACUCCGUCUUCGGAGACAAAUCCAAGCAGCUAUUCCUCAGCGCACUCGUCUGCCUCCCAGAGAGACAGGUCCCUCAGUCGACAUCCUGGACCCGCAGCAGUGGCCCAGCAAGGAGGACCUGGGGCUGGAUGAGUCGCAGCGGGAGGCUCUGCGCUUGGCGCUCACCAAGGAGUUGGCCAUCAUCCAGGGGCCCCCGGGGACAGGGAAGACCUACGUGGGACUGAAGAUUGUGCGUGCCUUGCUGGCCAAUGAAGCCACUGACCAGACCCAGUCCUCACCCAUCCUGGUGGUCUGCUACACCAACCACGCUCUGGACCAGUUCCUGGAAGGGAUCCACACCUUCCAGAAGCAAGGGAUCGUGCGUGUCGGAGGGAGGAGCAGCAGUGUGGUCCUGAAGGAGUUCACGCUGCGGGAGCUCCGGAGCAGAGACAGAUUUCUAAGAGACUUGCCUAGCCACCUCCGCACAGGCCACUUCAACGUGUCCAGCGAGAUGAAGGAAGCCGAGGAAGAACUGGACAGGCAGGCGGCUGCCCUGGAGUGCGGCCUGCGUGGAGUCCUGCACGAAAGGCACCUGCGGAGCCAUAUAGACAGCCGCCACUGGAACAGCCUGAAUCGGGGAUGGCGCGGAGAAUGGAUGAACCCCAAGGGCUCUCUCAUCCUGGAGUGGCUGGGCCUCGGCGCCAUGCCUUUCGCUCGCAACGCACCCAAUGAUCCGGACGGAGCCAACCCUCCAGAAGCUCCAGAAGAGGAGGAAAAUAAAGAGGAAGAGGAGGACACAGAGGAGGACCAGCUGGCCAUCGCGGAGGAAGCAGCCCUGUUUCAGGCCGAGCGCACCCUGGACAGUGAUGACGUAGAGCGGCCCCGCAGGCGCCAGACCCAAAGAAAUGCAGCUCAGCUAGGUGACCUCUUCCUGGCUAUGUCGCUGGAGGACAAGGAGAAGGAGGGGCCGGAAAAGGAGGGCCAAUGGCAGAUCACGCGCGACCAGAAAAAGAAACAGAAGCAGCGGGCGAAGAAGGAGCUGCAGAAGCCGGUGCGGAUGAGCGCGGAGGAGGCGGAGGCCGUUUGGGACGUCUGGCGCCUGCCCUUGGCCUCUCGCUGGAACCUCUACAGGCAUUGGGUGCAGAAGUACCAGGUAGAGAUCCGGCGCACGAUCUUGAGGCACGAGGAAAAGUACCAAGAAGCAGCCGAUCGUCUGGCCGAGCUGCGCCUCCAGGAAGAUCUCUGCAUUCUGAAGAAGGCCAAGAUUGUGGGGAUGACCACCACAGGUGCGGCCAGGUACCGGCAGAUCCUUCAGGAGCUGGCCCCUCGCGUUGUGGUUGUGGAGGAAGCGGCUGAAGUCCUGGAGGCCCACACCAUCACCACCCUCAGCAGCGGCUGCCAGCACCUCAUCCUCAUUGGGGACCACCAGCAGCUUCGUCCCAGUGCCAACGUCUACGAUCUGGCCAAGAACUUCCACCUGGAGGUCUCCCUCUUUGAGCGCCUGGUCACGGCUGGCCUCCCUUUUGUCCGCCUCGACUAUCAGCAUCGCAUGCGGCCAGAGAUCGCCCGGCUGCUCACGCCCCACAUCUACACAGAGCUGGAGAACCACCCGUCCGUCCUCGAGUAUGAAAACAUCAAGGGAGUCUCCUCCAACCUCUUCUUCGUGGAGCACAACGUGCCAGAGCAGGCGCUGCAGGAAGGGAAGAGCCAUCAGAACCUGCACGAGGCCCAAUUCCUGGUGCGGCUGUGCCAGUACCUGCUGUGCCAGGGCUACCAGCCCUCGCAGAUCACCAUCCUUACCACCUACACGGGGCAGCUCUUCUGCCUGCGCAAACUGCUCCCGGCCAAAACCUUCCAGGGGGUGAAGGUCCACGUGGUGGACAAGUACCAGGGCGAGGAGAACGACAUUGUGCUGCUGUCCCUGGUGCGCAGCAACCCCGAGGGCCGAGUGGGCUUCCUGCAGGCCGCCAAUCGCGUCUGCGUGGCACUCUCCCGGGCCAAGAAGGGCCUCUUCUGCAUCGGCAACCUGGGCAUGCUGAGCCAGGUCCCGCUCUGGAGCAAAAUUGCCCACACGCUGCGCGAGAAGGGCCAGGUGGGCCCAGCCAUGGUGCUGUCCUGCCAGAACCACCCUGAGACCCACACGGAGGUGUCCAAGGCUGGGGACUUUGCCAGGGUCCCUGAGGGGGGCUGCAGCCGCCCAUGCGAGGCCCGGCUGGGCUGCGGGCACGUCUGCACACGGGCUUGCCACCCCUAUGACCCCUUCCACCGGGAGUUCCAGUGCAUGAAGCCCUGCCAGAAGACACGCUGUGCGGAUGGGCACCCCUGCCCCAAAGCAUGCUUCCUGCCCUGCGGGGAGUGCACGGUGAAGGUGCCGAAGACAGUGCCCAGCUGUGGCCACCUGCAGCAGGUACCCUGUGCCACACCUGUGGAGAUAUUCUGCUGCCAGGAGCCCUGCCCGCGGAACCUGGGUUGCGGGCACAAGUGCCGGAUGACCUGCGGCCAGACGUGCACCCGGUUCUGCCAAGAGAAAGUCGAGGUCACCCUGAAGUGCGGGCACAGCCAAGAGAUCUACUGCGCCACUGCACAGGAUAUGAGAGACGGGAAGCCUGUGCCCUGCCAGGUGAAGUGUCCCACCCUCCUGGAGUGCGGCCACCCAUGCCCCGGCUCCUGCCACGCCUGCUUUGGUGGCCGCUUCCAUGCAGCAUGUGACAGCCACUGCAAACAGCUCCUGGUCUGUGGGCAUGAGUGCCUUCAGCGCUGCAACAGCGACUGCCCACCCUGCCAGCAGCGCUGCCAGAACCGCUGCGUCCACAGCCACUGCCAGCAGACCUGUGGCGAGCCCUGCCCUCCUUGCGUAGAGCCCUGCGAGUGGCGCUGCGAGCAUUACCAAUGCAGCCGGCUGUGCUCGGAGCCCUGCGACCGGCCCCGGUGUGAUGUGUCCUGCCCCAAGAUGCUCCGCUGUGGCCAUCCUUGCGCCGGUGUCUGCGGGGAGCCCUGCCCAAAGAAGUGCCUGGUCUGCGACCGCGAGGAGCUAACCCAGAUCUUCUUCGGCUUUGAGGAUGAGCCCGGGGCCCGCUUUGUGCAGCUGGAGGAUUGCGGCCAUGUCUUUGAGACUCAAGGCCUGGACGUCUACAUGGACGAGGAGGCAGCAAAAGAGGAGGAAGAGGGGGAGCAGAGCGCGGCAGCCGUGAAGCUGAAGGUGUGUCCCUCGUGCCGGACGCCCAUCCGGAAAAACCUGCGCUACGGGGCGCUGGUGAAGAGCAGCCUUGCGGAGGUGGAGCUAGUGAAGCGCAAGAUCCGGGGCUCCCCCGAGGAAAUCGCCACCGGCACCCAGAAACUGAAGGCAGCGUUGAAGGAGAAAAUCAGUCUACGGGUCAACAUGCCGAAGAAAUACAGGCAGCUGGAGCAGAAUCUGGAGAGGUCACCGUCUCCCUCUCUCCAGGGUUUGGUCUUUCUGGAGAAUCUCAUGGGCUUCUACGUCCGGCUGGAUGAGCUGACCAAAGCGGUGAGGAAGGGCCAGUCCAGUGAGUGGGAGGGAGCAAAGAAGUGGAUGGCGGAGGCGGCCGGCUGGCUGGAACGGGGGCAACAAGGGGGGCGACUCAGCUUCACCCGCCAGGAGCUGUCUGAGCUGCAGCACGAAUUCCAGCGGAUGACCUUCCUGGUGGAGCUGCUGGCCAGGUCCCAGGCCGCCCAGGGCAAGAUGGACGACUCCACGGCGGGUAAGGUCAGCACCCUCCGGCGGCUCCUGGAGGGGCCCGAGAAGUUCACACCAGAGGCCGAGCAACUGGUCAAGGAAGAGAUGGAAGGCCUGAAGGCCCUCCUCCCGACAUCCGGGCUGGGCAUCACUGAGGCGGAGAAGCGGCAGAUCGUGGCUGCCGUCACCGGAACAACGCGCGGCCACUGGUUCAAGUGCCCCAACGGCCACGUCUAUGUGAUUGGCGAGUGCGGGGGCGCCACUCAACGCAGUCGGUGCCCUGAGUGCCGGGAGACCAUCGGAGGCAGCCACCACACGCUGGAAGCCACCAACCAGCUGGCCCCCGAGAUGGACGGGGCCGAGUUUGCUGCCUGGUCCGAGGAGGCCAACAGAAGGCUCGGGGACAGGCUGUCAAGCAACUGGCUCCGCUAAGAGGGUUCUGGACCCUCCAGCCAUCCUCCUCCCCCUCCCCACAUUUGCUCUACCCCCCUAGAAUAAUAGAAUCAAAGAGUUGGAAGAGACCUCAUGGGCCAUCAUCCAGUCCAACCCCAUUCUGCCAAGAAGCAGGAAUAUUGCAUUCAAAUCACCCCUGACAGAUGUCCAUCCAGCCUCUGUUUAAAAGCUUCCAAAGAAGGAGCCUCCACCACACUCCCUCCGGGGCAGAGAGUUCCACUGCUGAACGGCUCUCACAGUCAAGAAGUUCUUCCUCAUGUUCAGGUGGAAUCUCCUCUCUUGUAGUUUGAAGCCCUGUCCCCCUUUGAUCGGCAGCAGGCAUGGUCCAACUUCGGCCCUCUCUCCAGGUGUUGGACUGCAACUUCCACAAUUCCUAAUUAUUAGAAAUCAUGGGAAUUGGAAUCCAAAACCUCUAGAGGGAGGGCUGAAGUUGGCUUAUGCCGGAUCUACAGGAUAAGACAACUUCCUGUAUCUACUUGCAGAAGCUCCGCGUUCAUAUUCAUCCUGUGCUGCACGCUGUCCUGCUUCCUUGGAGACUAGGACGCAAUGGAACAAUGGCUUCAAACUACAAGAGAGGAGAUUCCAUCUGAACAUGAGGAAGAACUUCCUGACUGUGAGAGCCGUUCAGCAGUGGAACUCUCUGCCCCGGAGUGUGGUGGAGGCUCCUUCUUUGGAAGCUUUUAAGCAGAGGCUGGAUGGC